CAGAUCCAGCCGUUCACAGAGCACUGGGUCCCCGACAAUAUUUUGUUAACAAAAGUAAGCCAUUAUUUAUAAUUUCAUCGUCAAACAUAUCCUAUCAUUUGUUUAUCGUUGCGUUGGGUUUUGUUAUUUUGAAUUCGACAAGUAUCUUUGGUAAUCUUAGCUGGGAAAAUUUCGCUAAGACAUUUUUUUUACGCUUUAACUUUGAAUGUUUAUACUUAAGUCCUUUGAAUAUAAUAUGUCCUUCACAAAUGGUAAAUAUCUCCCAGACUCGUUUGCGACGGAGCACAUUAUUUAUUGAUUGAUAGCAUUUAUCAACAGGAAUUUAUUUAUAAAUGAUUCUGUAAACAUACUUGAACUAAUAUUUGUCAUACAACAGUGUCUGCGAUACGCUUAAGUCGCGUUCUUACAUAAGCGAAUAAUGUUUCCCGUCCGCGAAACAAAAUCCGCCCGGGUCAUUGAUCUGCGAUUAAAUUGGCCAGAGCUGAUAAUUUUUUUCUCGAUGCAAAUUUCACAUCAUUCGUAAGUCGUGCCACUAUUUUGCAACUUGUGCUCCCGAGAAUGGGAUUAAAACAGCGGUGAUAAUGUGGUUUAAACUAGUUUUACUGAUGGUCAGCUGUGUCGACGGUGCAAGGAUUAACUUUACGAGCUGCAGUCAUGCGGAGUGGUUUUGCAAGAAUAAUGUACCCAGUGAUAUUGUGUACACAUGCUCAGCAGUAAGAAGCAAUGACUUCCUCGUCAAUUUGAAGGACUUCUACACAGACUUUAUAAUCAGUCUAACUAUACAGAACUGCCGCGAUAUACGCGUGGCUUUGGACUGUCCAUCGUUAGUUAAACCGUCUCGAUUACAACAGAUCAAGAUAAAAGAUUGCGACAGACUUGAAUUCAUAUCAUCAACUUCAGUCUUGCAGACACCGUCAGAAUUCAUCAUCGAAAAUGUCAGAGAAAUUGUCUCCUUUCCGAGGAACAUUUUUAAAUCUGCAACGAGUACUAAUGAAAAUAAAUGCAUUGGAUCGACUUUCAUGAGUAAACUACGCAUUUUUAAUAGUAAAAUAAACUGUAUCAAUACAAAAGCUAUAUCUAACGUUGCAGGUAUCAAGUAUAUUGAAUUCGAAAAUGUUACCAUAACUGAUAUUCAAACGCAGGGACUAGAAGCGAUCAUGGCCCAAGAUAAUUCAGUUUUCUCUAUAAUAAAUUGUAAAAUUGAAAAUUUGGAAUUUAAAGGAAUUACGAUACAGGCGUAUACAGUCAAAAUAUUGAAUAAUGUAUUCAACGAAAUAAGAGCUAACGGAAUUAAUAUUACAUCGGACCAUUUGUUUAUUGCUGAAAACGAAUUUAAUGAAAUUUAUACCAAUGGCCUGGUCAUAAAUUCUGUUAAUACUGAUAUUAUUAAAAAUUACAUUGGCACAAUGAAAACUAACGCACUUGAAAGCGUUAAGUGCUCCAAGAAGAGAUCCAGUCUGAAACAUAUAAAUUUUUCACAGAACACGAUUUCUAUAGUUGAACCGUAUUCCCUGAUAUUCGAUCACAUUAGCUGCAAAACUGCAGGUGCUCAAAUAACAAUUCGGGCGAACAGAAUAGAUUGCAAAUGUCGGAAUAUAUCAUUCCUUAACUGUCAAGGACGCAGCAACGAAUUGAACGUUAUUAUUUUGAACGUAGCCAAUAACAACACAUGUUACAACGCGCCUUGUGUUCUCCCUGUUGAGAUCGUAAAGUUAUUGCAAGGAAAUGAUAUGUGCCACUUGAACCUUGACCCUCGAGUGAUGUGUUUGUUGUAUUACGAUAAGAAAUCCAAUAAUACCAAUGUGGAAGUAACAACAGAUGAAGACUUCACUGAACCCGCACCUACUUUCUAUUUAAUAAGGCAGGCUAACCCUCUCAAAGGGGACACGAGUGCUGCGAUGACAGCAAUUGAUAAGGAUGAUCUAAUAAGAGAUAGUCAUCUCAAUAUGACAAACAGAACUACUAUUAAAGUUGUAUUUGACUCGUCUAAGGAUUUCGUUGAAACGCUUCGAAGUACGGGGCGUUCGCAAUCGAGACCAGUUGAGAAUAAGGCGCAUCAAAGGGAAGAGUAUGUCAAUAACUGUAUUGGGAGCCAUUGCAGGAACAAUGCUGCUUACGACAAGCAGAAGGCGUUAGAUUUUUAUAAAUAUGUAUACGCGCAGCUACGCACGCCCCGUCAAAACGAUAAUAACAAAAGCAGUAUUUAAUCUGUUAUCAUUGUUGUUGAAUAAAUGCUUUUACAUGUU